AAACAAAGAAGAAGAAGAGAAGGAAGAAGAAGAAAAAAAACAAAGGAUUUUUAGAGAGAGAGAACAAAAGCCUCUGUGAAAGAGCUUUGGCUCUCUCUCUGCAAAUCCGUGGCAUUUUCACACCUUCAAUUCCUACUCCUUUCAUAUUCUUCUUACCCUUCCCAAAUCUUUGGUUUCUUGCAUUAAUUUACCCUGAAAUCUCAUCUGGGCCUCCUUCCAAAAUCCCAAAAUUUGAAAAAACCACAGGUCCUCAAGAAAUCUAGAGAAAAGAUUGGAAUUUGUGAAAAAUUUUAAGGUUUGAUUUCAUGGGAAAUUGCUGUGUAACCCUUGGCGCACCUGGCCAGAACAAGAACAAGAACAACAAGAAGAAGACAAACCCAUUUGCAACAGAUUUUGGUGGCAUUAAUGGAAAAGAUGGUGAUGGCAAGCUGUUGGUCUUGAAAGACCCCACAGGUCGAGACAUUUCGGCCCAAUAUGAUCUGGGACGCGAACUUGGCCGAGGUGAAUUCGGGGUAACAUAUCUGUGCACAGAGGCAUCCUCCGACGAAAAAUUUGCAUGCAAAUCGAUAUCAAAGAAGAAGCUUAGAACAGCGGUGGAUAUUGAGGAUGUGAGGAGGGAAGUUGAGAUAAUGCAGCAUUUGCCUCCACACCCAAAUAUUGUGACAUUAAAGGACACUUAUGAAGAUGGUGAUGCGGUUCACAUUGUGAUGGAGUUGUGUGAGGGCGGUGAGCUGUUCGACCGCAUUGUUGCUAGGGGUCAUUACACAGAACGUGCUGCUGCAGGCGUAAUGAGGACGAUUGUUGAAGUAGUUCAGAUGUGUCAUAAACACGGAGUAAUGCAUCGUGAUCUCAAACCAGAAAACUUCCUAUUUGCAAAUAAGAAGGAAACAGCCUCUUUGAAAGCAAUUGAUUUUGGACUGUCUGUGUUCUUUAAACCUGGUGAGCAAUUUAAUGAGAUAGUGGGCAGUCCUUAUUACAUGGCUCCAGAGGUUCUGAAGCGCAACUAUGGACCCGAGGUUGACAUUUGGAGUGCUGGGGUUAUUCUAUAUAUUUUACUUUGUGGUGUUCCACCUUUCUGGGCAGAAACUGAACAAGGGGUAGCACAAGCAAUUAUUCGAUCCGUCGUUGAUUUCAAGAGGGACCCCUGGCCUAGAGUUUCUGAUAAUGCAAAGGACCUUGUGAAGAAAAUGCUUGAUCCUGAUCCGAAGAAGAGGCUGACAGCUAAGGAAGUGCUUGAUCAUCCUUGGAUACAAAAUGCCAAGAAGGCCCCAAAUGUCCCACUUGGUGAAACUGUGAGAGCAAGGCUGCAACAGUUUUCUGUAAUGAACAAGCUGAAGAAAAGAGCUCUUGGGGUCAUAGCUGAGCAUUUAUCAGUUGCGGAAGUAGCUGGCAUAAAAGAGGCUUUUCAAAUGAUGGACACUGGCAACAAGGGCAAGGUGACCAUAGAAGAGCUACGAAGCGGGAUACAACAGUUAGGGCAAAAUAUUUCUGAUCCAGAUCUUCAAAUACUAAUGGAAGCUGCUGAUGUUGAUGGGGAUGGAGCUCUAAACUAUGGAGAGUUUGUUGUUGUCACGGUUCACCUUAAAAAGAUGGCGAAUGACGAGCACCUACAUAAAGCCUUUGCCUUCUUUGAUCAAAACCAAAGUGGCCAUAUAGAAAUUGAAGAAUUGAGAAAUGCGUUAAAUAAUGAUGUUGACGUGGGUGGUGAGGAAGUCAUCCAUGCGAUUAUGCAUGACGUGGACACAGAUAAGGAUGGACGCAUAAGUUAUGAGGAGUUUGCUGCUAUGAUGAAGGCUGGUACAGAUUGGAGAAAAGCAUCUAGACAAUAUUCACGGGAAAGAUUCAACAGCAUAAGCCUGAAGUUGAUGAGAGAAGGGUCUUUUACAGUUGGCAAUGAGGCGUGAUGACCAAAACUCAGCUGCCUAUGUGUUUUGAAUGGGUAUCAAAUUCCUUGCCAAGGUGCAAACGAUUCGUGCCUGCUAGUUCUUCUGCGGACUCUCGUUGUCCAUCAGAUCAUCAUGGACCAUCACGGUUGACGGCUUGCCUACCGUGAAUCACAUUUUGAAGAGAAGUUAUACUAGGUAUCCAAAAACUUAACCCUAAACCCAGCUUUAGGUAUACAAGGUCUGCAACUGGUAAGAUUCAUGAAAAAGCCUGUGAACAAGGAGGGGAAAGGUUAAAAAAAAACAAGGGAGAGUUGGAAUUGUUGUCUAUAUUUCUCAGGUGCUCUUUUGAUUUGGCAAAUAUGAUUUGGUAGUUUUGUUAGAAUGUAACGGCCGAAAACCCUGGAUUGUAAGAUACGAUGGAGCAUAAUAGAAUUGUUGAACAUUUUGAUGGGAGAAAAUUCUUUGUAUGGGAAACUUUGGGGAAUUAGAAAAUAAAUCACUAGGACUAUACCUA